UAAGUUUUUUUUAAAUCACAAAGCAUCCGGAUAAUAACCAUUUUCCUACUAAGUUAUCUAAUAUUAUGCAUGAUGUGUGGAUGACAGCCAUCAUUGUUCUAGAACAGUAUAAAUUGAGGAAACAUCCUUCAGAAGCUUUCCCUUGAUUUUGGUUCCUGAAGUGGUAGAUAUGAGGCAUGGAGAAUGAUGACUUUGAAUGCUGGCAACUAGAAGCCCAAAGGCCAAGCACCUUCAAGAUGAUCCUGUCUCCAGAAUGUGGUGAUGUACAUAUUUCACUUUUAAUGGAGGAUUCAUCCAAGUCAACCCCUUUACCAGGAAAGCAACUUUUCCCUUCAACAGUGUGUCCUGAUCUGCUUGCUGAAGAAUCUCUAUGAGCCUUCACAGAACGGACUGGUGUCUGAAGUGUGAUUUUUUCUUUUAACAAAGAUGGGCUUUUUCAGAAGAAAAGUUAAGAAAGAAAAGGAACCAGAGGUUCUUAAGAGAAUUCCUGGUUGGCCAUACACCAAUAAGUGGUAUUGUGUGGCUAAAGUGCUUUCCCAGGUGAGCUGUCCUGUGCAGUGGGACAAAGAGGAAUGUCCCAUAGACCCCGAUGGGGUGAGUCAGUGGAUUAUUUGCAGACUUCGGCUUAAGCGGAGGGGUGCCACAGGCGGUUUGCUGUGGUUGAUGCUCACUGUCAUUGAGAAAUUGGCUGUACAGCUGGACGGAGCUCAGGAGAAACUUCAGGACAUACAGAACAAGAAUACGAGAGCAGCUGCCCACACCUUUUUUGAAGAGGCCUUGAAAGCUCAGAUUACCAAGAUAGAAGCUCUGGAGGCGCAGUUAGUGCCUUCACUGGGACCUUUACUCUCAAUGCCCACCUCUCCAACCUCGGAGGCCGAGCCUGAACUGCAGUCUGCGCAGAAGGCUCCUUCUCCCGCUUCGCAUGCCUUUUCCCACUCCCCGACUUGGGCGCUUUCCCUUGCUCCCACCUCGGUCUCUUUCCCACCCCCUUUCCAGGGCACUUCCUCUUCUGGAUCUGCUCCCUUUUCUCCUCCAGCCGCCUCUUCUGCCUAUUCUCUUGAUUCUUUCUCUUCUCCUUCUGAUCCGACCCUUCCUGGACAGAUUCAACCAGCACCUCCUCCCCGGGUUUCUUCUCCACACCAACAGGCACCCGAACCGUCACUAACGUCCCAGCCGGCACCUCUCCAACAGGCACUCACACCCGGAGCUACAUCUCCUCCUCCCCGAGAUUCCCAGAAGUUACUAACAUCACUACCAACGUCUUCGUCAGCAUCUCCCCAACAGGCAACCACACGAGCAGCUACAUCUCCUCCUCCCCGAGAUCCCCAGCAGUUAGCGACACCACCACCUACGUCCUCGUCAGCACCUCCCCAACAGGCAUUCACACCAGCAACCGCGUCUCUGUCCCAAACUUCCCUACAACUACCUGCCCCAUCAACAACUUCCUCGUCAGCACCUCCCCAACAGGCCCCUUCAUCAUCAAGAGCGCCUCAGUCAUCCUCUCUCCAACCCGCAUCUCCAGACUCUCAGGGAGCGAAUGGCCGAAAGGUAAAGAAGAAACUAACUUUCCGGGAGAACGAUAGAAACUGGGAAAGGACCUUUCUGGGGGAUAACCCUAGAACACCUCCCUUUACACAGUGGGAGCACAAGGUGUGGGUCACGCCUAAAUCUCCUGUCACAGACCUCCGAGGGCAACAGAGUGCAUUAAGAGAGUUUCCAAGCUUUAGUGCUUAUGAACUGGCUUCACUUACUGAGAAAUACCAGCAGAAACCAGGAGAAUCCUUGAAAGCAUGGAUUCUGAACGUGCUGGACAAAGGGGCAGAUUCCCUGCUGUUGGACGCUAAGACGCUAAGAUCUUUAGGGCCGCUGACUAACGACAUGGUUUACAACGCAAUCCUGCGGGGCGCUCCCCUAGGACUUCCCUGCGCUAGCCUCUUACACUGGUGCCUGAAGUGCUGGAAGCAAAGGUGGCCCUUUCUGGAGGACUAUACUGAAACUUUGCCAAGCCCGUGGAUGUCCUUGGAGGCGGCGGUGCAGCGCCUGCGUGAGGAAGCGAUGAUGGAAUGGAUUUAUCUGGGGAAGGCUGAGGGCCUGGAAGGACCCGAUGAGGUAAUAUUGUCAAAUCACAACAGGGCCCAGUUAAUCCACUCGGCUCCCUUGCAGUGGAAGUCACUCAUCACAAUGCUCUUAUCUGAGCACACCGGAACCAUCGGAGAAAUGAUUCCUAUCCUGAGGGAGCAUCUUUCCAGAAGUAAGAAGAAAAACACUGUGCAGUGCAUAAACGAAGGAAGGAGACCAAUACAAGCUCAAGCCAACUGUAGAGCUACUGUUCAGCAAAAGGAGAGAAACUGUUACUUAGGACUCUCCGUGGAAAAAGAAAUAGACUCUAUAAUUGAAGCUCAAAAGGCAAAAAUGGCAACCUGGGUUUAAGGCCCUUUUUAGACUUCUCUCCAGCUGAGAAAUGGAGUGAGAAGUAAAAAGUCUGCUUUCAAGAAAAAAGGAUUUGGAUCCCGUUUCAUCAUAUUUGCCUCUUUUGGCAUAUUGCAUUGAAUUUUAUGGUAAAAGAUGAAAAACUCUUGGAAUAUGUGUAAAUUACAGGAAUUAUUCUAGUAUUUAAGAUUAAAUUAAGCUUAAGAUUUCGGUAAUGGGAGAGAAGACAAAAGAGUUUCAAAGACAAAAUAAGUUUUAUUUCAUUUUUGUUUCAAAAGUUCUUACCUUCUGUAGUAGAAUCAUUCAUUGGUUCCAGAGAGAUGAGGGCUAGGCAAUUGGGGUUAAGAGAUUUUUCCAUGGUCACAUACCUAGACACAUAGUGUCUGAGAUCGGAUUUGAAUCCAGAAUCUCCCAUUUCUAGGCCUGACUUUCUAUGCACUGAGCCACCUAGCUGCCUCCUGAAAUUAGUUUUGGAAAGUGAGUUCCAUAUAGGUCUACUUUUAAAAUACAGAUGAAGCUAGUCAUAAUCAUAGCUCACUUUUAUAUAACACUUAAGGUCUGUAAACCUUAAGGUCUACAUAAUGCCAUCUUAUGGAUGAGUCAUGGAAGUGGAUCCUUUUCCCCCCUCCCAAGCAAGAGCUGGUAUCCCAUUUGCUUCCUGUCAUUCAUGAUGAAUCUUUUAAUCAGCUGAUGAAUUUUGUGGAGAUACUAAAGGAGCAAUGCUUGCCCCUAAGGCCUUUUCAUUUUGACUUUAAGGUUUAAGAAUGACUUUCUGAACUACCGGAGGUUGCUUGGAGGAUGUCCUUUUUCAUAUUGGGUCUCAAGUCAUGAGCUCAUUGCCCCUUAGGCAGAACUGGGUCUGAGAUGAGGACUGCCUCUUGUUUGUGUCUUCUUUCCUUGGGUAUAGGCUGCUCUGAGUUCUCUAAAAGGAGUUGGCAUCUUCCUCUCCCCCCACCAGUACCUGUACUGAAACAUUAGUGGAAUUAGUAGCAAAGGAGACUGGCCAAGAGAAAGGGAGACAGACAGACAGACAGACAGACAGACAGACAGACAGACAGACAGACAGACAGACAGAGACAGAGACAGAGACAGAGAGACAGAGAUAUCUGAAGUAAUGCCAUCACUUAGCACUGAGUGAUAUUCAGUAGAUAUGUAAUGUAAAAUAGAUAAUAAGCAACUUUUUCAAUGAAGCUUUUUACAAAUGUUUCAGUGAGGUCUGAAUACUGAUCUCUCAAUUGAUUCUAAUAACUCUGUGAUUAUUUAUUUCUUAGCAAUCCCUUUCCUGUAUAGGGAUAAAACUAUGUCUGUAGUCUGUGUGCCUUUUUAAUUUUGAUUUAUUUUCUUCAACUCCUUCAAUGAGCACUCAAAAUAGAAUUAUUUCAUUAUUUCUCAGGAAUCUGAGGGGUGGGGAGGAGAGAUAGAGAGAGAAUAGCAAAAUUGAAGCAGUUGGUGCCUUGUUCCCCUACUAAAGAGACAAGCAACCCCAGAGCAAUGACCUUGGGACAAAUCCAGGAGGAAUGGGAAGGGUCAGCAGUUGGGGUGUUCUUAACCUAGCAGUUGUUGACUGGUUAAAGGGCUGUGUUUACAGAGCAACCACGUGCUUUCAUGAAAGACACAAGCCAUCCGGUGAAGUAGGUGCUACAGCCAUAAUUAUUCCCAUUUUAUUGAGGACUACAUGACAACCCAGGCUUCCCAAUUCCUGAUCCUGCCCUCUAGGUAUUGGUCCAAGCUUCUGUUAAAUAUGUCUGAAUAGCUGGACAAGAUUAAAAAAAAGAGGGGGAAUUAUUCAUAAUGAUAUAGACAGCAUAAAAAGUUCAAGAACAUGUUACAUUAGAAAAUAUCAUUUUUUUUAAUUUAUAGCAGCUCUUUUCGUGGAGGCAAAGAGUUGGAAAUUAAGGAGAUGCCCAUCAAUUGGGGGAUGGCUGAAAAUGUUGUGACAUAUGAUUGUAAUGUCAUACUAUUGUGCUAUAAGAAAUAACAAGUGGGAUGAUAUCAGAAAAACCUGGGGAGACUUCUAUAUACUGAUACAAAUGGAAGUGAACAGAACCAGGAGAACAUUGUACAUAGUUCUGAUCAAUUGUAAAUAAGUUAGUUAUUCUCAGCAAUACAAAGAUCCAAGACAAUUCUGAAGGAGGACCUGUGUUGAAAAAUGCUAUUUACCUCCAGAGAAAUAAAUGAUGGAUCUGAAUGCAGAUGGAAGCAUACUUAAAAAAAAACCACAUGUUUUUCUUGCUUUUGUCUGUUUAAUAACAUCAUUAAUAUAGAAGUAUAUUUUGCAUUAUUGUACAUAUAUAAACUUUAUCAAAUUGCUUAUGUCCUUAAUGAGGAGGGAGCAGGGGGGAGUGAGAGAGAAUUUGGAACCCAAAAUUAAAAAAAAAUGUUUAAAAAUGUUUUUAUAGAUAAUUAGGAAAAAUCAAAUAAUUCAGAUACUUGAAAAAUAUAAUUUUGUUUUAAACUCUUACCUUCUGUCUUAGUACUAAUUCUAAGACAGAAGAGUAGCAAAGGUUAGGCAAUUAGUUAAGUGACUUGCCAAGGGUCACACAGCUAGGAGUGUCUGAGGCCAAAUUUGAACCAAUCUCCUCCAAAAUCCAGGUCUCCUGCUUUAUACUGUGCUACCUAGCUGCCACCCAAAAAUAUUAUUUUUAAAUAUAACAAAAUUAUUCAAGAAUUUAAUGUGAUAUAUUUGUGACUCCAAGUAAAUUUAAGCCAUUAAAAACUUGUACAGGGGUCAGCUGAUGUUGAUAUUGUUGGUUUAUUGAAGUUUUUAUUGCAUUUGCUUGAAUAACUAUUUCUGUAAUUAUUCUUGAAAUACAAGUGUUUAAGCCUAGGGUGCCUUUCAUCGAACUGACGGGAUAUAACAUGAAGCCUUCAGAGAAAGUGUGGGACUGUGACCAGAGACACAAGAAGAACAACUGGACAAUGCAACAGACCUAUGAGACCACAGAACCCAGAAGAUAGCUCUGGAAACAAUUCGAGUCUUAAGAAUUGGAAGAAGGGUCUGGAUUGUGAUGAAAAUGAACAUUUGGGACAAUUUUUUGCAACGCUGAGGCACUGAAGACACUAAAGCUGGAUUGUGGUGGUUGAUUGUCCUCUGUAGCAAUGCUACAUGGGAGAACUGGUAUGGUGGACUUAAAUGUGAAUCCUGACAAACUUUGUGAUUUGUUGUUUUUACUGCAUAGUGGAUGAUACCUAGAAAUUUGGGUAGCUUGGACGGCAGGGGCUUGUGAGGGGGAGCAGAUGGGGUCUCCAUUUCAUUUGGAGAGUUCAGAUUUAUUUAAAUUUUGUCUAUCUAUCCAGUAUUAAGUGCAUCUUAAAAUGAUAUUGCAUGGUUUUGGUUUUUGUUCUGCUGUUAUUAACUUGACUCAAUGACAUUGGUUUUGGAAUUUGGUGGGAUAAUUAUGUGACAUGUAUAUGAAUGAGAUACAAGACCGGAAACAUAAAAAGAAAAGAAAAGACCUAGAAAUUAAGGAGUCACAGUAAGAUAUUUACUGAUAGAUAGGCUAGAUAUUUCAUCUAUUAAUGUUUUAGCUGAAAACUAAUUGGACAUUGCUAAUGUUGACGAAGAACUAAGAUAGUUAAAUGAGAACAUGAUAUUUAUGCACAUACCUCUCGAAAAGCUCAAACUGCAGAACUUACUGUGUAAGAUGGAACCCAUUAGGAACACAGUUACUUCUUCACAUUUAUUUGUGGCUCUGUUUUGAUCUUGGGAUCACAUGCUAGAUCAAACUCACUAAAUUAGAUGACCAAACUGGUGCCUUAACCUACUGUUGAUGAGGUGGGCACUGAUGAAUCAGCAACAAAAUGAAUCAGCAAGAAGGGGCAAAUAUCAGCAGUCACUAAAAGACAUACUGCAGGCCCACUAGUGGUUCUGAGAGGUCUAUCUAUUGAAUAGAUCCCAGGUAGAGAUAAUGGAGCAGUGGGAAGGAUUCGAAAAGCGGCCUCACGAAGGUGGUGGCAGGACUUUUCUGAAGGUCCCAUUGUUUCCCCUCCCUUGAACAGGGAAGCCCUCACCUGGAUGAUGACGGUCCUGACAAUUGCACCCCUGGAUUUCAUACAUAUUGCAUGAUUCUAUAAUUCUGGAACCUAAUUUGACAAAGAUUCAAAAUAUGAUUUUUAAAAAUAGGUAAGGUCAGGCUGUAAUUCCCAGAUCAAAAUCUGUAGAAUGUAAUCAGUGUCAUUAUAAGAGUUCCUCUCUUUUCCUUCUUUCACAGUAAAUUCUUCAGGUCUUUAAAGAAGAUACUUAUAUGGUCUAUUGCUUACACAAUUGUACAAAAUACCUUAAAAAUGAAGUAGAAAUCCUAACUCUUAGUCUGUUCUCAGAUAAAGGAUGCUUUUUUGAGAAGGAGCUCAAGUGGCUAAAAAAAAAUCUCAAACCCUUUAUAGAGUCAGGUGGCAGAAGCCUAAAAGGUAAUCUGUUGGACUAGGCAAGACAGAAUAGGAGGAUAUCAAGUUGGCCCAUAUUAUGGCUAAUAAUCCUACAAUUCUAUACACUAUCCAGAUGAUUGAUAUCUUUUGUUCCAAGUCACAUAAUGCUAUAGAUGAUACCUGAGUGAUAGCCACCACCAUUAUCCUAGAUCCUGAUACAUUUAGAAAAUCCCUCAGCCUGGAGGGUCUGCCUCUCAGGCUUGGUAUGCAUAGUCAUGUGUAUGAAACACCUACUCAGAGAAGGCUAUUCAAGCACCCUAGGAUCUAGACAUAUCUAGGACAAGCAGGACCAGGGAUUUGCUUAACAAACCCAUUUCCAUUCAUGGUGAUGUAUACAAUUGCUUCUGAUUUUAAUUAUGUGUCCUUCAGAUCUUCCAACUAAGAAUGUUUCCAACUAAGAAUGGGUAUUCUGAUUCUUGUUUUAAAUUUAAAUAAAUCUGACCCAAAAGAUAUGCCCAACUAAGCUACAAAGUAUGUCACCUUUUACUAUCUCAAGGUCUUUCCUCCUGGUACUUUUUUCCUUGCUAAAAAGUCCAUCUUUCAUGAUCCAUCUCAAAUAUUGAUUUCUUCAUGAAGUUCUCAUUGAGCCUUCCAAUUAGGUGUAAUCUCUGCCUUUGGUCUUUAUUAAAAACAAUUUUGUUUUAAAUCACUCUUAAUUAGAGAAAUGCAAAUUAAAACAACUCUGCAGUACCAUUUCAUACCUAUUAUAUUAGCCAAUAUGACAGUAAAGGAAAGUGAUAAAUGUUGAAGGGGAUGUGGCAAAAUUGGUACACUAAUGCAUCGUUGGUGGAAUUGUGAACUGAUCCAACCAUUUUGGAGGACAAUUGCCCAAAGGGCUAUAAAACUGUGCAUAUUCUUUAAUCUUGAAAUGCCAUUAUUGGGUCUGUAUCCCAAAGAGAUCAUAAAAAGAGGGAAAGGGCCUACUUGUACAAAAAUAUUUAUAACAGUUCUUUCUGUGGUGGCAAAAAAUUGGAAAUUAAGAUGUCCAUCAAUUGAGGACUGGAUGAAUAAAUUGUGAUGUAUGUUGGUAAUGGAAUACUAUUGUGCUAUAAGAAAUGAUAAGCAAGAUGAUUUCAGAAAGAGCCGGAAAGAUCUGCAUGAACUGAUGCAGAGAGAGAAGCAGAACCAGAAUAUUGUACACAGUAAGAGCAAUAUUGUACAAUGAUCUACUGUGAAAGACUUAGCUACUCUCAGCAAUACAAUGAUCUGGGACAAUUCCAAAGGCCUUAUGACAAAGAAUGCUAUUCACCUCCAGAGAAAGAACUGUUGGGAGUCAGAAGCAGAUCAAACCAUACUAUCUUUCACAUUAGUUUAUUUAUGUUUCAUUUGGGGGGGUUGGUUUUAUAUGAGUAUUCUCUUAUAACAAUAACCAAUAUGGAAGUAUGUUUUGCAGGAUAAUACAUGUAUAAUCCAGAUCAAAGUGCUUACCAUGAGGGAGAUGAUUUGGAUCUUAUAAUUUCGGGAAAUGUCUAUUGAAAAGUGUUAUUACAUGUAAUGGAGAAAAUAAAAUAUCUUUGAAUUAAUUUUUAAAAA